GUUCCCACCACCACCUCAUUUAGUGCACCACCUUCUCGUCCUUGGCGAUCCAAGUUUAUCAAUUACCAGUCCCCCCAACUUCCACCCAACAAUCCAACAAGCUUGUUCACGAUUUCUCCACUUCCGGAAAGAUUUCAAAACCAAAUCAAAUUGAAGGGAAGAUAAGUUCAUCGAUGGAGGGCGCAUCCGCGACCGUGCUCCGGCGACUUAGGGGGUACUGGCGCCGUAAGGGCUACGAGCGCCUCGACGGGUCCGGGCGGCGCGGCCAGAAGGGCCGCCGCAUGGACCUGGCGAGGCUGGGGGCUCCACGGCCGCGGAGGCGGUCGUGGCGGAUCCGGGUUGUCCCGAAGCUUAGGUUUCUCCGCCGGUGCUCGCCGGGGAAGUUCUUGCGGCGGCUGCGGGACGCGUACGUGAAGAUGAUGCUGUCGUUCGCCAACUCGCGGAUUCUGGCCGGAACCGGCUACGGUGGGGCAGUCGGGUACGGCGGUGCGUACGGCUUCGGGUCAGCUCCGAGGAAGGAGUAUGACGAUAAAAUGAUCGUCGAGAUCUACAAGGUUAUGCUGGCACAGACUCAGUCGCAGGCGUUGCGUCGCGACGCCGCCUGCGGCGGCAGCAACGCCGCUGCUGCCGGGAAAGAUUUGGUUUGCCUACAGUAGAAGAAAUUAACAAGCUAGCAGGGGAAGAAAAUAAAACUGUAAGAAUUAAUUAUUUCUUCUUUUUCUUUUUGGCUUUUCAAAAUGCAUUUCAACUUGGUGUUGUAACAUUUUCAAUAAGAUUUAUGUAAGAAUGGGCGCUUAAUCGAAGAAGAAGAGAAAAAAAAACUUCAGCCAUGAUGCGUUUGAAGGAUUUAGGGAACAUUAAAUCAAAUCAUGAACCGGACCGGUGUAGGCGGCGUGCCACCACACGCAAGGACACCGAUGAAAAGAGUCCACACUUAAGGGGCUUAAGUCACGGUUAAGCUGCGGCCGCCGCCGGCCAUCGACCACCGGUCCACUGUAUUGGUCAAAUGUCUUCGCCGCUCCACGAGCUUGCGCGUUAGUUUACAAAAAAGAUUAUACAUUUGUAAUAAUUUUUUGAACUGGGAAAAUAUUUUAUUAAAAAAUUAUUUUGAUUUA